AUGGUUGCCUUCAUAUCCAACCGAUUCCAACUCAACGAGUACUAUAAAUGUCCGCUGUCAGCUGAACGCAUGGAUCUCAAUGGUGUAUCUUGGACACCCAUCCCGUUGUACUUUUUCGGUUCUGGCAUUAUUUAUAUGCUAGCCUAUUUCGUAUGCUUCCUGGCAAUGUUACAAUUGAAAAGACACCCAUCAAACAUUCUAAUGUUAAAAUUGGCAAUUUAUGACAUCCUCCAACUCUCAGUCAAUUCAACAGCCACCGGAUUCUUUGGAUUCUAUCAAAUCGAUUAUUGCGACUACCCGAAAUCAAUAUUCAUCGCUGGAACUAUUGGAAACGGUGCGUGGUUGGCUGGCGCGCCGUUCGCCGUUCUAGUUAGCUUUGAGAGAUUGGCGGAGGUGGCUGGCGGGCGAAUGACGGACGUUUUCACUAAACGCAAUUUUCGAACUCUUCUAAUUUUGUUGCUUUUCUGGGAGUUCUAUUGUUUUUUCAUUGCGAAUCCGGCGUUGUUCAAUCUGGAGGCAAAUGCAUGGUUUUUUGCUCCAAGUUUUGCGAAAAAUCCCGAUAUCUACUACAACCCGGUGCACUCCGUGAUCAAUUAUGGCCUACCAAUUUUCCUACUUGCCAUUAAUACUAGUUUGGUAUAUUUUCUUCUCUUCAAGACCAAUUAUCAUAUCUCGCAAUGGUUGUAUAAGAAGAAAAUGCAGAUCAUCACUCAAGGCCUUGUCCUUACGAUUUUCCACGCGUCAACCGGUAUCAUCUACGAGAUCAUGCAACACUACGCGGUGCCAUCUUGGAUGUUCAUUGUCGGAGAGCUCUCCUGGCAGCAGAGCUCCGCCAUGAUGCCAGUGGUCUACCUCACACUGAACCGUACCAUUCAAAAUCAAGUUAUUUACCUAAUAAUCCCAAAACAUCUACGUUUCAAGUGGGGUAUUAAAAACGUCAAGGAAGCGAUCGCUCAGGAGAAUAAUCAGAAUGCGGGGGCUCUUUAUGUGGCACCACCGGCGCCCGCUGGAGGCUGUGGAGCGAAAGUUGGACCGCAACCGCAAGUGUCCAAUGGGAUACAUUGGGAUUAG